AUGCUGUCAUCCGGAGUAGAGACUCAGCCAGUUCCACUUGAUUCCUCCAUGUCUGCCGUGGUACAGGAAUUAUACUCUGAACUCCCAGUAAGUGUCUCCAAAGAGCUUCAUGCUGACUCUGAGCCAAGUGGGAUUCCAGAUGUAAAACCCAGAGCCUCAAGCUCUCUCUUAAGUCAGAGUAGGGCAGUGCCCGUGGAGCUGCAGAGGACUCAUGUGGAAAGUUGUGAAGAAACCUCUGAGACCGUGGAUCAUGGGGGUGAGCCUGGGAGGGGUGGGCUGGUGGACUCCACAGCAGAAGGUUCUGUGGCUUCUGGGAUCUUGACUAGGGAAGAGAAAGCCAAGAGCAUGGAGCUAAAGGUCUUCAGAAAUCCAGGGGACCAGGAGGAAAUUGUAAGAGACCCCUGUGAGGGAACAAAGGAAGACCCACAUCAACAUUCCACAGCUGCUGAAGAAAAGAUCAGCCCAAGUCAGGAGGGCCUCCUGAUGCAGCCGAGCAAAGAACUUCCAUGCACAAAUCUCCCUGAAGAUUGUAUGAGGAACGAAGAAGGAAAUGUACAGAUUACAACUGAAACUCUGCUAAAAUCUACUGCAGAAGUACAAGGUAUGAAGGUCCAUGGGACUAACACGGAUAAUAAUGAAGGACGUGAGAAUGGCAAUGUGAGUAAAGGUCUCUCAGCUGGGUGCAGCAACUACCCAGAAAUGACCAGUGGUAAGGUUUCAGAAACCAGUACACUAGUAUCCCUAGAGCCUGUAACGUUUGUGGACCCUGGAUUAACAGAAGCAACUCCUAAAGAAAAAGGAUGUGAAGAAUUAAAAAGUUGUCCUUCUUGGUUGUCAUUACCAGGGAGCAGUUCCAUUUCCAAAGUGGACUAUGGGAAGGAAGAGUUGUGUAAAUUAAACCCUGUCUGUGAAGCAGAUGACAAUCACCAACAGAUUCUUGGCCAUCAUAAUGAAAAAUACAAUUCUGCAUGUGGCAGUCCCAAAGGCACAAGAAGUAUAGUUAUAGAACCCACUGGAGAAAAUUCUGAAGCUUCAUAUUUUACUUCAGAUUUGUCUGGUCCCAAAUCUAGAACGACAUCUUUUAAAAAAUGUGGUUUUGAAGAUGAUGCUUUGCUUAAGGACUCUGCUGAAAAGACAGACAAUUCUGAUUUUGAAGGGGACAGUCAAAGUAAGAACCUGAUUUCUCAAGACGAAAAUAAAGGACAGUUUUUUAAAUCCAAGACUGAAAGAGGGGAACUGUUUCUUGUUAAUGCCAGGCAACCCGAAGUGGAUGCUAAUGGCCCUUGUUCUGGUGAAAAAGAGACUGUUGACAUCCCAAAAGAAACUGUCCGUAAUAACUAUGGCAUUCAAGGCAGUGGCCAUAUAAACAACUCUAGUUUUUUAACCCCCAAUUCUUUUACCAAAGCCACAGAAAUAAUGUUUAAAAAAAAAGAUUCAAAAAUUAUGUCGGAUGUUCAGAAUAAAUCUGCAAGCCAUGAGGACUGUAGAGAAACCUUUUCUAAUAUCAGCCAUUCAGGCAGACAUCCUGAAAAGAGCAGUUUUUCCUCUGUGGUGCAGAUUGAAGAGCCAGAACAGGCAACCACUAAAGAACCAAAUAUAUUAGGUGGUAAGAUUUGCAGUAAAGACUCUGACUCUUUUGUCAGCACCCAAAAAUAUCUGGAAGGCAACACCCAGUUAACAUUUCUGAUUGAAAGAAAACCCUCUCUAAGUUUAAUGUCAGGGGACCAGAUAAGUCCUAUAAAUAAAGUACCAGAACCCAAGAAAGAUCUUGCUCAGUUCCCCCUAUCCCUAGAUUUUGGUUACAGGCCUAAUUCAGAAAAAAUUGUUCAGACUUCACAGGAUGAUAAUCCACAUUUAGAAGAGCAGAGCCAGAGCAUUGCCCCUGAGAUCAGUGAACUUCCCUGUACCAAUGAACUGGUUUUAAACAAAAUAAAAAGUGAAUGUGUUUUAAAACAAGUGUCCCUUAAUACUCAAGACCAAGUUAAGUUGCCAGCAACAAGUGAGGAUUCCCAGGAGAACCAUCACUCUCCACUGAAGGAUAGAGCCGAUGUCAUUGCCGAUACCCAAACCAUUCCUGUGAAGACAAAAAUGAAAGACAGUUCUCCACCGGGUAAUAGUAUAUAUGGUCCCUCUUCAAACAAUCCCACCUUAAACAUCAAACCAGAAAAUCUCAAAAGAAAAAACAAAAUGACUGAUUUAGCAGCUGCAGAUCUACAUUCCAGACUUCUCUCAAGUAAGGAAAAAGCAGCUGACUUUCCUCAAAUGAUCUCAGUCAUGGAGUGUCAAAGUGUUCAAUCUCCUGAUCUCUCUAGCUGCCACUGUAUAAAAAGAAAUAUACCAGAAGGGAGAAUGUGUUCUGCUUGUGCAGCUAUCAAAUCCAGCAAAAUCAUUACAAAAGGUGAAAGUUCUGUGAUAACCAAGUACAGGAGUGGUCACCACUCCCAAGGAAUAGAAGACUCCAUGGAAAGUAGCAGCCAUAAAGUAAAUAGUACAGCAAAGGAAAAUGAACUUGAUAGAAGUGAAACUAAAGUCAGUCUUCCAGAAGAUAAGAUCAGAGAUGAGACACCAGCAGGCAUGUUAAAAAGUGAAGCUUCAAACAAAACAAUUCACACCACUAGUAACAGCCAACCCAGUGAGAAAGGGCUGGAAGGGAAGGGACAGCAUACAACCAGAGAGACUGUGUUUUGUAACUGUAACAACUCUGACUCAGUCACACAAAAACUAAACCAGUGUACAAACAUUCCAAGUCCUAAGAAAUUGUUGAACCAGUCUCCUACUGUUAUGUUAUCUAGUUUUAAAAACACGAACCAAGCAGUUGAAACUCUUGAUGAGAAGACUGAUAAAGUCCUUGACUGCCAGAAUAACCAAAACAGGCCAGAUAAAUGCAGAAGUGAAGGUAAACCAGCUAACGAGAUAGUAGGUAGUGACCAGACAGAGACUGUCAUAGAACCUAACAGAAAGCUAAGCCACAACCAAGAGCCUCUGCUAAUCUGUUCAGGAAAGCACAACUCAUUGUCUUGUGGUAGUUCAAAGAAAAGCACCUUUCAAAGUGAGGAGUCCACAGCCAGUCCGGUAGACAUUGUUUGCACAGACUGUAGCAAUAAGCCUACAGAUGCUUUGCUGGAUGUAGUGGCCUCUAGUGCACUGGACGGUGGUCCAAGGCAAGAUCUGCCUUCACGUGAACCCUCGAGGAGUGCCCUGUCUCAAUCAGAAGGACUGGAAGCAUGUGUAGCAGUGGUUGAGCGGGGUUCUGAUUUCCCAGAUGCAACUUGUUCUGUGGUGGAAUCUCUUGGAAUAAAAAAAUCAUGUGAAGAAAAAGUGUGCUGCGGGACAUUAAAAGACUGUGAAAUGGAAGUGUGUCCAGAAUCGUGUGCUGGUGAGAUGGGGUCUGUUGCAGAUCGUGAACCAAAUAUAAGAACCUUGCAUAAAAUACAUGUUUCUUUAAAUGAUAUUCAUUAUGAUCAUCAAGAUAAAGAAGCAUCUCUCAGAGAAACACAAGGAAUGAUUGAAGAAUCAAGACAAGAAAUAAAUUCUGAGUUUGUCAAGGAAAAUACCUGUGAAAUUUCUUCAACAGAGUUGCUAUCUUCUAGAUGCCAAGAUGAGAAUUCUGUUUCCAUAGGGAGUUUGGAAUUCAUUGGGAAAAUACCUAUGUGUCUCUCUUCUCAAGAAAAUUCAGAAACUGAUUUUGAUAGUGAAGAAACCAACCUACAAAAUCAUUUAAACCCAAAAGAUGGUGAAAAUGUAAAGGACUGCAUAACCCUUCCUGACAAGAAGGAUGAAACACCAAGGAAUAUUAAUAAUCCCAGUGAAGGAGAAAGCAUAAAGGUCAGUGUGAAAAAUUUGCCUUUAACAAUGGAAACAGAGACUACAGAGAAAGAAGAAACUAAAAAACAUCAGGGGAGACCACGAGGUCACUUAACUGUUGGGGAGGAAUCCGAGGACAUGAUUAUCAGAGACAAUGAUUGUGGUGAUGAUGCAAAUGAGAUUUCUCAGGCCCACUUUAAGUUUCAGAAGGUGCUUGGUGAUGCCAAACUACAACAAAGCCAUCACGUUUUGGACUGUGUGUUGCAGAAGGAAGAGGAGUUUGUACAGCGGAAAGGAGCACAUGUGAUAUUGAAGCAGUGCACAUCAUCUGACGGGUUGCUAGAUGAGGUACAAAAUAAGGACUGCUCAGAUGCAUCCACCGUGAUGAAAGAAGUUACCUUAGCAAAGCUGGCCCAGGACAACAUUGCUGCACAGUCUCAGAAAUUGAAAGCCCCAAAGGAGGAAAAUUUCAGUCGUCCACUUAAAAAGGACAGUAAAUUGUGCACAGGUCCUUGCCUUCAUGGUGCCUCCCGGGAAGCGCCAGACCCUAGCACUAUUGCGUGUGAUACAAUACAUGGUGCCUUUGGGAACGCUCCACAUCAGAGAGGAGUGCUUCCCUUAAAGAAGCAGCCCCAUCGAACCUGUAAGAAAGUUUCCUGUCAGGACCAAGUCAGAGUGGGGAGAAAAAUAAAUAAACUCAAAAGUUCUGCUUUUUUAAAGAGUUCCUCUGAAACCAUCCCCACAAAAGCACACAGAUUUCUCAGUUCACAUUCUGUGUCUGCACCUACACGAUUAGAACCUGAAACAGUACCCACCAGGAGCAUAAUUAGCCACAUACCAAAGCAGAAGUCUGCUCCAUGCCAUCCCUUGAGGAGCCUGGAUGUUAGGAAGCCUACCAAAGAAUCAGCCUUACUAAACAAGCUCUCCAUCCUUGCCUCCAAAUUGGCCCCAGCCACAAAGACCCAGAAACUUAGAUAUCGGCGGUGUUCCUCUGAACUUCUUCCAGUGGCUAAAAGCUACAAGCGGCUCAGAUAUAAAAGGCUCCUGGAUGGAUUUUCUUACAAUACAAUGCAGCUCAAUCCUUAUUUGGCAGCUACUGGAUGGGAUAAGCAUCCUAACAGUAAGCCCUGGACACUUUAUUCACUCGACACCAACAAAAUGAGCUUCAUAGAUUUGAGCAACAAGAUGUCAUCAUUCCUGUUUGGUUCUGAAAUCUUCCCAGUAUCCUUUCAUGUGAAAUCAGGCUCUGAGUGCAUGCCUGAGUCCUCAAGGACUUUUCCUGAGCACUGUGCUCCAGCAAGGCUCGCCUUAAGAGAGGCCCCCCUGUACCCAUCUCAACCUCCCAAGUGGGCCUUUUCUUUCUUCUUGUCCCACAGUUGCCCGGGGACAGCCACAUUCAGGGAAGACAGUGGCCUCCUUAGUCAGGCACGUGCCGAGGCUCCUCCACAGCCUCCAGCUCCUCCUCAGGACUAUGGAGGCACCGCCAUAGUCCAGACCAGAGCAGGCUCUUCUGUCCUUGGCCUUCACACACUUCUAGCACUUUGUUCCCCUGGAUGUUACAGAAUCUGGACAAAAAAGCGGAGCUUCUCCAGUCACAUGCCUACCAUGCAGAGGCUCUUCAUGACCCAGUUUACACAGGGCUUGAAAGGGUUAAGGUCUCCAUCCUCUAUAGCAGACAAGGUCUUCUGCUCUCUGCCCUAUUCGGUGGGCCGAGUGCUGUCCAUAUGGAGCCAGCAUGGGCCUACCGCCUGCCCCAUCGAGAUCUCCACUCUUCACUCCACUCACAGCAAGCAGCCGCCAGCUCUGGGCACCACAAGCAGCCACAUCAUGUUACCAUAUGUGCCUCUUCCAGGCGUGGAAGCUACUUACAACACAGAUAGUCAGAUGAGGCUAGAGCCUCCAUUUCCUGCCUUGGUACCAAAGUCUUGCUUGGUAACAGAUUCAUCUGUCAGCAAGCUCCUGCUUUCAGCCUCUGAGUUCCAGGUUCCUGAAUUUGAUGAGCUCGAUGGUGUGACAGCAGCAUGUCCCCGACCACAGAGCAGUCCUCCAAAGCAGAAAGAGGUUGAGCCAGAGAAGAGGCCAAAGAAAGUCUCACAGAUUCGCAUCCGGAAAACCAUUCCUAAACCAGACCCCAAUCUUACCCCCAUGGGCCUUCCUCGACCAAAAAGGUUGAAGAAAAAGGAGUUUAGUUUAGAAGAAAUAUAUACCAACAAGAACUAUAAAUCUCCUCCUGCAAACAGGUGUUUAGAGACCAUCUUUGAAGAACCUAAGGAGCGAAAUGGUACACUGAUUUCAAUCAGCCAACAGAAGAGAAAGCGAGUUCUAGAAUUUCAGGAUUUUACAGUUCCACGAAAGAGGAGGGCUCGAGGCAAGGUCAAGGUGGCAGGCAGCUCUACCAGGGCCCAGAAGGCGGCGCUGCAGAGUCGAGAACUGGAUGCCCUUUUGCUACAGAAACUAAUGGAACUGGAGACCUUCUUUGCCAAGGAAGAAGAGCAGGAGUGACCAUCUGAUUGUUAAGAAGCUGUUUAGUUUGGGGGGGGAGGGUCUCAGUUUUAGUUUUUCUGGGCCUCUUUGGAAGAGGUUACCUAGUUUUACCCCACCACCCAAACCACUCAAAUUGUAGUCCAUGGAUUUUUACCUAUUUCAAGGUGCAAACUUUUAAGGAACUGGUAAAGGAGGGUCUUCUUCUGCUGAGUAUAGAACCUCAGGAAUGCUCCCUUUCUCCUGGAAAUGGUCCUGAAUGACAUCCGGCUGCCUCCUUCCACUCUGCCAUCCACAGGAGGAAGAUGCAGCAUACCUUCAGUAACACUAGGAUUCCAAGGACUCACAGCAUUUGCACGUCCCUGUGAAAGUUCCGCGUUGUUUACGGUGGUGCUAGACCAAGAGUUAGAUAGAGACGUGGCCUAGGGAGGGGGACCCAGCGUCCUGUCCUGUGGUGUUUUCUAAUCCUCCGUGAGUCUGCCCAGAACUGGUUGCGUGUAUGUGUGUGCAUGUGUGUGCGUCUCCUUCCCAUCACUUUCUCCCCUCUGUGACUGUGGGUCACUAGUGCCAGAGGAGCCCGUCCAGGCCCCAUUCGAAGUAAGUUGCACUUUUUAAUGUUGUGGUGUUGAUUAUUUUCAUUUGUUUUAUCUUUUUUUUUUUUUUUUUGUAUUACUGCUGCAUGUUUGGAGCCUUUAAAUGUGAUUUUUAAAUGAUUUUUUAAGAUAUCAAGGAGAAAGAUAAUAUCUGUCUUAAGAAUAUGUGAUAGGCAUUUGACCCAGUUUAUCGGUGCAUGGUAUGGACGAUGAGAAAGAGACAUUCUCCCAUCCACGUGAUUCAAGCAAUCUCCUUCCCAUCUCCAACUUUCAUUGUAAUGCCGUAGGGAGCACUUUUUUCCACCUGGGUUCUCAUUUUUGCCCACUAAGUACAUGUGUUUAUUGUAAUGACGGAGGAAAGAGCAGGUCGCUCUUGCAAUCAUUUAAAAAAUACAUAAAAGUUGGGCAAGGUCUUCAUGGAUUUUAUCUAAGGUGGUGAAUGACUGAACUGGGUACAACAGCUGGGGUCAUUAUAGAGUCCGGCCCAGGGUGCCGCCGCUGUCAGAGUGACCUGCAAGUAGUAAGAGAAGACGCCUUGGUUGAAAGCCAGUGAGGCAUUCAGGUGGAUCAUGAAACACCCACGGCCAGCCUCUCGAAGGGCACCGAGUUGUGCUGUGGGGCUCCUGUGUCAAAUCUCCUGGGAACCUCGUAGGAUGCCGGAGGUCGCCGGGCUGCUUCACUUACCCUGAGGAGCUUGGGGGCGGAAGGACGCUGUGUGGGCCUGCAGGCCCAGGGGUUUCAUUCCUUUCCCGCUUGACCCGAGUGUUCUCUCCUGCUUCCCCUUCCUCUCCCUCCGUGUGUUUUAUCUUUUCUCUCUUGAAACAAGAGUUCAGAGAAUUAACAUUCCUUGGCUGGUGAGUGGAAUAUAAACCCAGCUUCAGGACACUGGCCGCCGCCUCCUGUCCUCCUAGCUCCAGAGACAUUUUCGAGUCAGUCUGUUAGGGAAGAGUGAGUGCUGCUGUGCUGGAAUGUGUCUCCUUGGUUCUUUUGUUUCCCCAUUUGUUAGUGGGUGGGGAGAUGGGGUGCGGUGGGGAGUCUUCUAUGUGCCUUUCUUUUGCAGGUUGACUGUCUAUGCCACACUGGAGCAGAAGCAUUGACAUGAGCAAGAAAAACAAGUGCCACAUCCUAUAUGCUGGGCCCCUGCCUCAGACAUAGCAUCUAGUCAGUGAUACACACACCUGGUCAUCACGGAGGCUUCCCAGCCCAUGGCCAAAUAGCAUUAUGAGAGCCAAGCUUCCACACUGGUUCUGAAUGACGUGAACCAGAUUCUGGCGUUCUACAUCCACUUUGCCCAGACUGUAUAGACACGACCUGUGUUUCACCUCAAUACCUCUCCCUUCCUGGGGCAGGGUCCAUAGACACUAAAUGCUUCUGUCUUUGCUUAAGGGGUAUGGGAUAAGUCAUGCCUGUGUCCCUGUGUAAACAUUUUUAGGGAAUUCCUAGACGGCUGGCAAAGUCCUGGUGAAUCAGCAGAGCACUGUUUCUAGCGCUCUUGCCAGCAUCUGAGAGUCAGCAGUGGCUGACGUAGCACCCAGCAGGCAGAAGCUCAGACGGGUACUGCUGUGAUAUUACUGACAUUCUGGGGAUACAAUUUCAAGUUUGCUCACUGUGGGCCUGAUCCUCACAAGGACAAGGAGCAGUGAAGGGCAUAUUGGUGAGAAUGGAGACCUGGGCUCCUUCUUUAUCUUGGGAACCGGGGGAUAUCACCUCUUGACACCUAACCUGCCUGUCCUUGAAACUCUUGGCCUCUUUUCUGGCUCACACCCUCUCCUGCUUCCUCGGUUAAGAAAGGAGCUCCCAACAUGAGCUUGAAAUUGCUUAUCUGAGGCUGAUACAUCAGGGUUUAGCUGUGCUCAGCCACACCUGUCUUAACAUCCAUUUCCCUAGACAUGGCCUCACCAGCUGGGUGCUGUCAGCCGUCCUUGAAGCCUGUGGUACCAUAUGAGCUGCUGGCCUGCCACCUACCUGGAGCUGCAGGUCUGCUUCGGGGUGGAACUGGUACAAUUUCUGUGUACAGGGACUUCCCACUGCUCGUGGUGAGAAGUUGUAAUUAAUUAUAACUUACUCAACUUAACUCAAAUACAGACAUGUAGUGUUCGUCACAUGGGGAAGAGAGGAGAAAUCUCAGGUCCAAUCAGGGUUUUGCCCAUCAGCUUUUCACUGAAACUUCUGAGGUUUUUUUCAUUUUUCAGUUUAGAGCUGUGUUUGCACCAUCCCCCACCUUCCCUUCCUCUUCUCAUUUGGUCUCCUUUUCCAUCUUCAUUUCUCCAUUAGUGUAAAUGUACCUCAUCAGCUAUGAAAGCAGAUUAUGUUCAUUUUAUUUUAGUUGAUCUUACUCAUAAAGAGCUACAGCUGAGGGAAGUGCAGUCAGAAGACGUAGCGUUUGCCUUACUUGGAGCCUGAAGAGCUCAGAAACUCAUGCUGUGAAUCCCAAAACUCAGCGCCCCUCCAAGAGCUGUGAAAACCAUGACGCUUUGUCACAAUUUUGCCUGAAGGGGUCUUUUCGCACCAGAGCUAACCUGAGGUAACUUCCACAUCUCUCUGGGCUUAGCCCUUCCCCACGGCUGGUUCUCUGCCAGGAGCAGCGCAGAGUGGGCAAGCCUGGGCAGUGGGGCCACUGCUGCAGCUGAGCAGAGCCAGGGCGCCACCUCCAGGCUGGGGUGCCAUCUCAGUCAGUACCGUGUACAUUAAGGCCCGCGAAAGACCAACUUUUAGGCGGCGAUCCUUUUCUCCCACUAUGGGGAAAGUAUGCAGUUGGUGCUUUCUUUAACUCCCUUGUUUUGUUUCGUUUCUGUAAGCUUUUUCCCUGGUAUCAUGGAAAGGACCUCUUCAACACCACGGUGUGGGUGGCUAUAUCCAAAGUCGAAAUAAUUGACCAGAGGUGAGGGGAGCUUUUCCUGGAUCUGUGCAAGGGAAAGACUCACCACAGCUGAACUUAGUAAAAAGCUGACUGGGGGAGAAGGCUGCACUGAAACAAGUCAAAUGUUACCCUCUAGCCACAAAUGGAGCCAUCUUGACCAUAAAGUGAGGGUCCCCGUACAGCCCGCAGUCAGCGGAGUCUCAGAUUGAUGCUCGUUCUUUGUCUUCAUGAGCCCCUCUCUGGUGCUGAAUAGGAUUUGAAUUUCUGGUGAGAGGCCUCAGCAUCUCCAUGGGCUGGUCUGGGCCAGUAAAUAGCUGCCUGAAGUGUUUAUAUAUUAUCAUGGUCAAUAGUUCAGUGAAAUUUGUACAUUUUUGGUAACAUUGGCAUACAUGAUGCCCCUGCAGUUCCUUUUCUGUUUGGUAGUUUGUGACUCUAAAAUUCCCACUGUUAUGUGUGUUAAUUUAUGAAAAUAAAUUUUUUUGAAAA